AUGGACCAGUCGAGUAAUCAGGAUGCGCCGUCGCAGAACCAGCGGUCAGGUCACCGCGACAUGAUGUUUUGCCACGAAUGCAACGACGAGUGGUAUCGGGACGAACAUGGCCUCUCGUGUCCAGAAUGCGGCUCAGACUUCACAGAGAUCAUAGAAGAUAACAACGACCCGAGAGACACGACCAUGUUUGGUCACGACGGCGACGACACCAACUCUCUACCUGAUCUCGAGGACGCGCUACCCCACCUACAUCAGCACAACCCAUGGCAAAACGAUGACCCUGAGGAGGGAGAUAUUAGUAAUAUCCACUUUACCCAGACGGCGCCCGGAAGGUACAACCUACAGGCCACCGUUACCCGCUCUGUAUCUCCCCAGGGUGGCCUUGCGCCGGGAUCAAUAGGCGGCUUCAUGGCUAUGUUGAACGGGUUGACUGGAGCGGCAUUACGACCCCAAGGUCAAGCAGGUCAGACCGAGGGGCCGUUUUCGAGGUCGCCUCCUGGUACUGGAGAGAACCCCAACCAAACCGCAUUUCAAGAAGCCCAAAAUCAAGGCGCACAAGGAGGACCCCAGAUUCACGGAGGAAGAUUCACGUAUCGUGGUGGCGCUAGGAUCUUUCCUAGGGAUGGAAACGCUGCUGGACGGGCCGAGCCUGUGGACGAGAUGACAAACAUCGUGACAGGUCUAAUGGCAGCGUUCGGUGCGCCACCUGGUCACAUUCAUGUCUACCCCCACCCCCAGGGCGGUGCUCAGGGCAUGUUUGGUGGCGAACACAACCACGUCCCUGGCGAACAAUUUGCUGGUAACCCCAUCUUACAACUAUUCUCGACUAUGGGCAUCAUGGGCCCUGCUGGCAACAACUUGGGCGACUUUGUCUACUCACAGGAGGGUCUCGACCGCAUCGUUUCCCAGCUCAUGGAACAAACGGCGACCAGCAACGCACCGGGACCGGCGACUCAAAACGACAUCGAUGCCCUUCCCCGUAAAGAAGUCACCGAGGACAUGCUAGGCGAUGAGCACAAGGCUGAAUGCAGUAUAUGCAUGGAUGAGGUCAACAUCGGCGAGCAAGUCACGCUACUGCCCUGCAAGCACUGGUUCCAUCACCCGUGCAUCUCGGCAUGGCUACGCGAGCACGAUACCUGCCCGCAUUGUCGAAAGGGCAUCACCAAGGGUGGCGAGGGCCAGUCAAACAACCCUGCGUCAGCCGAACCACAGGCGGAUCGGACGUCCCACAUGCCUGGCUCGUUUAACCCAGAUUCACCGCCUGACAAUCAAGGCAAUUCGUCUGGUAACGCGAACGCAGAGUCGGGUAAUGAUGGCAUCAGCGAUCGGAUACGCAGGGGUCUGUUUGGUUCCCCGCAAUAGGAUCCGGAUCAUGUGUUUGUGAUAUCAAGCUAAUGUAUAUAACAUGGUUAGGACGCGACCAUUUCAGAAGGAGCAGGGAGGCACUAAGAGAGGCGGUGCGUAAAAGGCGUGAUGAAGCGUCUAGAUGUGGGAGCCCAGCGCCCCAGUGAUAUCUUCAGCCACAUGCACAGGCUUGACACUCACUUGGCUCGUCGGGUAUCUUCUGUACGUGCAGUCGUUACUUAAGCCACGUGCGGUGCGGGUGCGUCCGGGCACUGACCAGUCUACGUAUAUGGUUCUAAGCGGCCGAGCGAGUCUACUCCACUAUGGAUUCCCGCAGAUGGCAUCACGCAGUCAACUGAGUCGAGUAGCCAAAGAUCAAGCGGGCGAUCUAGCCGUGCUGCAAAGAUGCAGCGUCAGUAUUCGGUUUGAGAGGAUUUUGCGUUGGCGUGGUAUGUAUUGGUUUAGCGGUGGGCGUUGGUGUUUGCUUCUUUCCACCCCACGUGUUUGCUCAGCGCAUGCUGUACAUAGCCCUUGUAUUUCUCAAUGGACAUGAAUGUCUU